AUGAGAAGUAGGACAAUACUCAGGCGCAGCAGCGCCUCGCUGCUGCUGCCUACGCAGGAGCAGCUGCAACACCUCACAGAAACCCAGCAGCAGCAGCGGCUGCAGCAGCAUAGGCGCAGCAGCAGUUUGAGCGUCCCUUUGCUGGGCACUCACGCAAAGUCUGCAAAUCUUCAGCUGUGGGAGCAGCUACAGUGGCAACAGCAGCAGGGGCUGCAGCGGCAGGGACUGCAGCGUCAGGGGCAGCAGCUUUCGGAUCAGUGGCAGCAGCAGAUCCCGCUCCAGCAGUGGGGACAACAGCAAACUUGGCAGUGGCAAUCUCAGCCUAAUCUUCUGCAGCAGCAGCCACAGCCUGCUGCAACAUCUGCGGCGGGAGCGGUGCCUGCUACCGUGGCUCCUAUCAGCAGCAACACGCUUUUACGGCCUAAGGAGCUUCUAGAGUCCCACUGGCAGGAUGUGCAGGCAGCAGCAGGAGCUGCCGCCCCUGUGAGCCCAGCCGUGUUUUCAACGGCAGAAGUACCUGCGCCUCUCUCCCGCCGAGCAACAGCAGCAGCAGUUGCUCCAGCAACGCCAGUGACAGUUCCGUGUUCCAUGGACUGGGACCCGCUGCUGCUGCAGCAGCUGUGGCGAGCCGCGGCAUACAACGAGCAGCAGCUAGAUUAUGUCGCUGCUCUCUUUGGCCGAUUGCAUGCGGUAGAUCAACUACUGCGACCACCUACUACUGCUGCUCUCACACCUACAACAGCAGCAGUUGCAGCUGCUGCGGCGCCAACCACAGCUACCAUCAGUGCAGCGGAGCUCGGCAUGUUUUGGGUAGCCUACGCAGCAAUGGAAGACGCUCCGUACUGUUGCUGCGAGGCCUCAACCCGGAGUAGUAGCAGCAGCAGCAGCAGGUGCUGCCUGGAGCGGCUGGGGCGUGUGGCUGCAGGCGGAGAAGGGAGGGUGGGGUUGUUAUGUUUCACUCGUCUGGUGGCUCUAUUGGACUGCCAAACAUCCAACGAAGCUGCAGCGGCGGCAACGCUGCGGCUGCGGCUCAUCUUCUCUUAUUUCGCCGAUGACUCACUGUUUGUGUAUCAGCAGCAGCAGCAACAGCAGGGGAUAAGCAGGAAGCGGGUGCCUGUGUGGAGUGACAAGAGUUACAGGGCGUUCAGGCUGGCCAUGUGCCGCUCUAAGGCUGUGGACCCGGCAAAAUCUGGUUCCCUGCCUGCCUCUCUUGCGGACUGCCUGACCGCGCUGAGGUGCACGCACACUCCAAUGCUGCUGGAGGCUCAGUUCUUUGCCUUGGUUCAUGCAAACAUUAUAUCGGGCACCUCUCGCUUCUUGAGAAUAUGUUUGUUUGGCGGAGGUGCUGAUACACCUGAGCCGCUGUUUGGGUUGGACGCGCUGCCCUAUCCCCCGACAGUAGUCAGAACUACAAUCUUGCCUCCCGCCGCUCCCACUGCUGAUGCUCCUGCUGCCGCCGCUGCUGCUCGUCGUCCUGCUGAAGCUCCGAGUGUUGCUGCUGCAGCGCCUUAUAUUACUCCGGCAUUUGUUGCGUCCUCCGGUCAUGCACGAGAAACUCCAUUACACCUCCUGCAGCAGCAGCAGCUGCAGCAGCUCCAUCUGCAGCAGCAGCUGAUGCAGAGGACGAGCCUCAAGCGGGUCGCUAUAUCUUCUACGCUGCAGCGUGAGCAGCCAUUACAGCAGCAGCCGCUGCCGCUACAGCAGCUCGAGGCCCAGGGACCGCAGCUACUGCAGCAGCACGAACAGCAAGAUUGGUCUGCGGAUCAGCUGCUAUUGCAAGCUCGCGUCUCACCAUCACAAUACUUUUCUCCAGAGCAACAUCAACAGAAACAGCAACACUUACACCAGAAACAGCAUCAACUACAGCCGCAGCGGCAACAGCACACUUACUACCAGCUGCCUGAUCAAGCAGGGCAGUCGCUUGCCGGUAUAUGCGUCAGCAACAGCACCAUGGACCGGCAUUUAUUGCUUAACUCUACUGCAACAAACAGCAACAACAACACCAGCAACGCCCUGCACGAGGGGUACAGCUCCUUGCUACAGCACUCGUUGCACGUGCGGCAGCAACCAGCACACCAGCAUUUGUUCCAAUUGGCUCAAGAGCAUCUCAGGACGGACUACGAAGCGGAGCAAGAGGUGCUGCGACUGCAACUAUUACAGCAGCAGCAACAACAGCAACAGGAAAUUCAGGGGAGCCUCAGGAUACCGUCCGAGACAGAACAGAUGACGCGUCAGUCGCCAGUCUUGAUGCAGCCCCAGCAACAACAGCUGCAGUCUCUACGGCAGCAUCAGCAGCAAGUGUGGCCCUAUUUAGAUGGCCCACUUUGCCAUGGCACUAGUGAGGCGGUUGAGUUGUUUCUACAGCAGCUGCAACAGCAACAGCAACAGCAGCUCCUCCAGCAACAAAAACAACAGUUGCAGCUGCAGGAGGAGCCGCAGGAAUCUGUGAGGUCACCCCCGCAGCUGCUUCCUCAACUGCCACAACUGCAGCUCAACCAGCAACAGUCUCUGCGGCUUCAGAAGUCGUUGCCAGAGCAACAGCAAAACCUCCAGCGGCUGGAGCAGCAGCAGCAACAGCAAGGCUCUCAGGAGUUACUGGGCUCUUUAACCCUCCCAGUUAGAAGGUCUCCUCCUGCUGUAUGUAGGGGAGAGGGCUUGCAACUAGGACGAGGAGUGGCAGCUCCUGCAGCACCGACGGCAGAAGCACCCCCAGUAGCACCGGUAACAGCAGCAACACCUGCUCCAGCACUAGUAGAGACAGCUUCCGAGAUGCCUGCAGCAGCUGGUUCAUCACCAGCAGCAAGCGGCAUCCCGUCGCUGUCCCUCGCUAUUCAGCGGCCUGAGCCUCCACCACCACCUCAGCUGCAGCAACAGCAGCAAGAACAGCAGCAGCACCACCAGAGACAGCACGCAGAUUGGAGCAGUAAUACACGACGCGCGGUGCUGCUUCCUGUUGAAUCCCUUGGCUCUGCGUCUCUUACCUCUUCAGUACCUCAUACUGCAGCGACCGCAACUACAGCUGCGGGAGCAACAGCAAGAGGUGACGUAGGUAGCCCAGGCCCUCAUGCUGCUGCUCCCCCAAGGCGGCUGCUCCUGCGUGCCCAGAGCAGUAGCAGCACCGCCUCCAUCAGCCUGCAAGAGCCUCAGCAGCAGAGUCCCCCAAGGGUUGCUAGGGGAGGCAAUAGCAGUAGCAGCGCAGGCAGCAGCAUCGUUAAUCGCAAUAACAAAAGUGACAAUCCUCCCAAACUCGCUGGUCCUGCAUCAGCUUUGUUGCAAGCCCCAACGGUGCCCCCCGCAGCAGCAGCAGCAGCGCAUGAUACGGGCAGUGCUCUUGCACUGCCUCCCGUGUCUCAAGUAGCGCAAAAAUCGGAGACGGCGCCGGCAGCAGUUGCUGCACCAGCAAGAGAGUGCACACCAGCUGCAGCAGGGGAGAUGCUUGAGAAGUCGAUGCCGAAACCUCUGCUCAUCGACCACCAGCCAUCAACAGCGGCGUGCAGCAGAGAUACUAGUGAUAACAGCAACAGCAACGGGAGUACAAACAGCAACAGCAAUAGUAUGGCAGUGCUGCCACUAUUUCAACCUCAGCCAUUGCUGCGCCGCAGCCGCGUGAGCGAUCCCCCGGCGUCUCCGGUCGCGGUUGCUGCCGGAGCAGUAGAACGCAGCAGCAGCAACAUCAAAGGCAACAGAAGCAGUAACAAUGACGGCAACAGUGGCGGGGGUUUCAGCAAUAAUAGCACCAGCAGUAGCAGCGGAGGCGAAAUGAGAAAUACGAACCAAAACGAGAACUGCGCGAUUACUGACAGUGCUAGCAGCAGCAACAGCAGCAGUAGGAGCGGCGUCAGCCGGCGGCUGAUCCAAUCCCUCAUGUCGCCACUGCAUAGCUCUGGAGAAGGCAAGUGCAUCAAUAAGAGCAGCAGCAGCAACAAAAUCAGGAGCAAUCAGGAGUAUAAAGCAGCCUCCGCGUGCAUGCAACCCAAGCAGCAUUCUUCCCAUUCAUCUGGCGGCAACAGCGCUGACAGCGACAACGGCCGUAGUAGCAACAGCAGUGACACCACCAGAAACAAAUCUAUAAGGCCUCGCCACGACCUUCUGGCUGCUAUUCAGAGGGAGUGUUGCGAGGACUCUGAACUGCUGCGGCUGCGGCAGCAGCAGCUGCAGCAGCAGCAGACACCCAAGGAUGGCGGGGGUGCAACAGCGGCGAAGCCAGCAGCAAAAACAACAACAGAAACAGAGCAGGUAGCUGAAUGUCUCCUCCGGGAACCGUGCGCGCUAUCCCCUCCCUUGAGGCCUCAUGGUCCGGCAUCGAGGCAGCAAGAUUCCCACCUGAAGCCACUGCAGCUCGCAGCAGCAGCGGCAGCAGCAGCAGCAGUUGCGAAGCCACGACAAAGCACAAGGAUACCCUUCGGGUCCCCGGAGCAGUUGACAACAAGUCAAAGACACCAGCGGCAGCAAUGGCAGGAGCAGACCGCUGCUUCAGCGACGACGGAACAGCAGCAGGAAGUCCAAGAGACACCUGUUGGGUCUCCUCGAGGAAGGGUAGCAGCAGCAUCUCCAGGAUCCACAAAAGCAAUAUCUUUUCAUGAGGAGUUGAGGCAGCGCCUUCUGCAGCGAGGUGGUCCCCUCGAGCAGCAACAGCAGAAGCAGAAGCAGCAGCUUGUCCUGAGGCAUAGUGCUGCGUCGCCGCCCGUCUUCGGGCUCCCUAGGGGACCAUGUGCUGCUGCUGUUGCUACUGCUGCAACUGGAGCAGCAACAAGUGAGCAGCAGCAACAACUGCGGCAAGCAGAAGCAAAGACCGAUGAGUUCUCAGGAGCUGGAACGAAAAUAGCAGCUGCAACAACGGCAGCGGCAGCGCUGCCUACUGACAAGCUGCCCCAAGUGAUGCUCCAGCAGCGGCAGCAGUCGAGGAAAAUACAGGACCAGCAACAGCAGCAGCAGCAAAAGCAUCCUGUCCCGAAUCUUGGGGGUUCAGGUUCUUCAGGGGCAAAGCCAGAAACAACCGAAGCCGCAGAAGCAACAGCACUUGACCCGCCCAAAGAGGCUGAUGCUUGGACCACUAGUGCUGAUAUCCCACGCGUUGGCUUCAGCGUCUUCGCCCCUCGUAAGCAGCUCACUUGUUAUGACCCUCUCGCCUCUGCUGCCGCUGUUGCUGCCGCUGCCGCUGCCGCACAGGGAGCUGCGGCCGUGCAGCCUCUUGUGGCCGCGGCAGCUGCAGCUGCUGCUGCAGAAGCAGCAGAAGCAGCAGGCCUUGGAACAGCAGAAGAAACAGCUGAGAGAGCAGCACGACUCGCAAGAACUGCUGUUGAUGUUGCUGCAGCAGCAGCAGCAGAGGCUGCAGACAUAAAGGACCCAGAGGCAGCAGCGUCAGCAGCAGCCGCAGCUGCUGCUGCAGCAGACCCAAGUUGCAGCGAUGCCGAGGGAGAAGAGCAUCUGCUGCUUUUCUACACUAGGCAGCAGCAGCUGCCUUGUGGGAUAGGUUCAACUGCAGCUGAAGCAGCGGCAGCAGCAGCAGCAGGAGCAUCAGCAGCAGCAGAUAAUAGGGGACUCACUGGCUCUACAGAAGUCUCUGCUCCCAGCAGAAGCAGUAGCAGUGGCCGCACUUGCACCAGGAAGACUGCACCUGAACGUAGCAGCAACAGCAGCAGCAGCAGGGACAGCAGCGGCGGCAGCGGAAACUGUAGCAACAGCCUUGAUGCUCUUGCACUCAGCUCCUCUCAUGGAGUUUCCCCUAUACUGGGGUCAAGCACUCCACUCACUUAA